UUUCUCCUUUAAAACAAAACGAAAGCAAAAGUGUCACUGUGCUUCCUGACGUACCUUCAAAUAUCAACUUUAUUUGUUUUUUACUUCUCUCUUGUUUUUUUUUUUGUUUUUUUUUUGUCUGCUCAUCUCCUUUAUGUGUCGAACAGUAUCAGCUUACCAAGAAUUGGUUUGGAUUGGAUUGGUUUUUGAUAUAUUCGACAUUUUUCACCGCAGCAGCUUGUCUGUGUUAAGAAGUCGACAACAACAAUGAUUUUCAUUGCGGAAUUACUCAAAGAAUUCAGAAAAGGAGCCAAAUAGAUUUAUCUGAGUGUACGAUGUAACUGCUGUAACUGCUUAAGAGGCUAUGGACACAGAGGAUUCAGAAGAUGUGGGGAUGGAGUGUGAACGAUUAAGACCAGAUAAAGCAACAUCUCCAUCACCUUCAAUCACAUCUCUGCAAAGUGAGCAGUCACUGGAUCGACCAAUACUUUUCAAAGAUGGAUCUCAGAGUUUUCUGGGGAAUGAAAGGUCGAGACGAGGUCAAUCAGCAUCUCCAGCACCUUCAUGUACAUCUCUACAAAGUGAGCAGUCACUGGAUCGACCGAUCCUGUUCAAAGAUGGAGCACCGAAGAAAAGGAGGAAUAAAAGGUUGAGACCGGAUAAAGGAACGUCUCCAGCUCCCUCCUGCACAUCUCUACAAAGUGACCAGUCAUUAGAUCGACCAAUACUGUUCAAAGAUGGAACUCAGAGCAAUGAAAGGUUAAGACAAGCAGCAUCUCCAGUACCUUCUUGUACAUCUCUACAAAGCGAGCAGUCACUGGAUCGACCGAUCCUGUUCAAAGAUGGAACAGAGAGUUUGCUUAGGAAUAAAAGAAUGAGACCAGAUAAAACAACAUCUCCAGCUCCUUCAUGUACAUCUCUACAAAGUGAGCAGUCACUGGAUCGACCAAUACUGUUCAAAGAUGGAGGAGAGAGUUUGCUUAGGAAUGAAAGGCUAAGACCAGAUGAAGCAACAUCUCCAGCACCUUCUUCUACAUCUCUGAAAAGUGACCAGUCACUAGAUCGACCAAUACUGUUCAAAGAUGGUACACGGAGUAUUAUGAGGAAUAAAAGGCUGAGACCAAAUAAAACAACAUCUCCAGCACCUUCUUGUACAUCUCUACAAAGUGACCAGUCACUGGAUCGACCGAUACUGUUCAAAGAUGGAGCAGAGAGUUUAAGUAUUCUCGAGAACAAUGUUGCUGAACCAUUUGAUAGACACAUUUCAUUCCGAAACGAGGUGCUAUCUCCAGAUAUCAGCACAUUUUCAGCCACUCUGCUGACAGAGGAUCACUACAGAUGCCCAGUGUGCACAGAGGUCUUUAAGGAUCCAGUUUCCGUCCCGUGUGGACACAGUUACUGCAAACAUUGCAUUGAGAACUACUGGAGUGAACCAACUCGAGCAAGAUCUUACGCUUGUCCUCAGUGCAAAAAGAGGUUCAGAAGUCGUCCUGUAUUGAGUGUAAAUGUUGCUUUGUCUAAACUGAUUGAGGAACUCCAGAAGGCAGGAUUUAGUCCUGCUCUUCCUGCUCACUGCUAUGCUGGACCUGAAGAUGUUCCCUGUGAUAUCUGCACUGAGAUGAAGCUCAAAGCUGUUAAAUCCUGUUUGACCUGCACUGCAUCUUACUGUGAGAACCACAUCAGACAACACUACUUAGUACCAGCACUGCAGAGACACAACCUGGUGGAGCCUUGCAAUUUACAUCAUCACAUUGAGAGCACCAGAAUGUUCAGAACAGAGAAAAAAUUGCAAGAAGAGAUCAAAGGGUUGACAGCAAAGCUAACUAAACUGGAAGAGACUCUGAGAGACAAGGAAGCACAUGCCAAACGUUUGUGUAAAGGAUUUGAAGUUCACUGCAAUGAUUUUCCCUCAGAUGUAAUUGAAAUUGCUGCUCUAGGUCGCCCUUUGAGCCUUGGAACAUUGUAUGAUAGUAACAGUGAUUCUUUUAGCCAAGAUACUUUUUUGUGGAAUGAAAGCACUAUAGCAUCUAUGAAAUUGUCUUUGCCUCGACCUCAAACAGAGGUCAAGGUUCUGGAAGCAGACUCCCUACAGGAGAGAUUCAGAGCCCUUGAAACAUCUCCUAUAUUAAGAGCAAGAACUCUGCAAGGACUGUUAAAAGUAAGUGGAGCUGCAGCCUUUCUGAACCACCCAGGUCAGUCUCAACACCAGGACAGAGUUACACUACACUACCGAACCACCACCAGACUGGACAUGAUCAGCCAAAGACUGUUACAGGAAGGAGCUCCUACCUCAGUCAUUAAUGCAACCACAGCCACACAUGUGAUCAUCGCUGUGUUCUAUGGAGCCCAAGCAUUCUUUGUUUUUGAUAGUAAAAACAACAUUUCUGAGAAAAAUACAGAUAUGGAAAAGGUGGUGAAAAGGAUGACCUCUUUGGUUUGUUCAAAUAUACACCUGAAUGUCAAUGAAGAAGCUAAAAGCUUGUUGUAUCACUGUUAUCUCUACAUUGAUGUGGGCGAUUGGAAGAGUCCAGUCUCUUUUGAUAAGGCAGUGGAGAUCUAUGGUUCUCUGCCGACACUGCUUGGAUCUAAAGGUGAGAGAGCAGUUCCUCUGAAGGUCUGGCUGUAUCCUCUGAAGAAACUGAAUGAGAGCUCUGUGUGUGCUGCUCUGAGUGGAGUCAGUGAAAACAUGAUGCUUCAAGCUGAGAAUAUUCUGGAAAAUCUGAGAAAACAGAUCAGGGUCUGUCAGGAACUAAUGACAAGUCAAGCAAAUCUGACUGUGAUUAUGUGGUUCCCUGCACUGAAGGAUAAAUUAAUUGAAUUUUCAGAGCUUCUGCAGGAGUACAAAGAAGAAUUUAAGAGAGAAGUCACUGAGAUUGUUGAAAUCUUUCAUGUUAAAGAUGAGAAAGUACAGAAGAGACUCCAAAAUCUCUUAGAGAGGCACAAGCAAUCACCAUUCAGUGCAGAAAAAACAAACCAGUGGCUGGAGAAUAAAGAAAUUGAACUGAAGACUCUGAAUGACUGCAAAGCUGCAGACAUCACUGUUGUGAAAUCACAGGCAGAGUUACAGCAGGUCAUCAGUCACUCACAGAUAACCAGAGUAAUGUGUCUCACACUUUUCUCACCAGAUGUUGAGGAUUUAUUUCUUGCAACUCUUAAGCAGCACAUUGAAUCUCAUAACAUUAUACAAAAUGAUUCACUUCUGUCCAGGCCCAUUAGCAUCAGUCAGAAAGUGCUCAUUGAUGUUCAACUGUUUAUUGCUGCUAAAGAAGCAAAUGACGACACAGAGCAAACCAAGUUCAUUGCUGCAUCUGUACCUUGUGAUGGUUUUCCUGAGUUCUCUGUGCAGUUUUAUCAUGCUGGGACGAUUCUGAGCAGUAAUGUGAAGCUUGGACUGAAACCAGAUCCUCCUCAAAUAGCUCACAUACAACACACUAGUGUAUCUCUGAAGCUGAAUCUUUUGAUGAACAAAAGCACUGAGAGAUAUGUGGUGGAAUAUGGAGUUGUGAGUAAUGAUGGGGUUAAUACAUGGAAACAAAUAGUUUAUGUUGAGGCUUUAAAAGAUGAACAUAUUCUAUCAGGUUUGGAACAAGACACAGAAUAUCAACUCAGGUAUGCAGUUGUUGACAACCAAUGUAUGAGCAGCUUUAGCUGGAUUGUUAACUUUAAAACAGUUUCUGCAGCAAGACCUCGACAACCAUCUGUUAAGAUGAACAGAGGCACAAUCAGAAUCAUGUGGUUAAAAGCUGAAGCUGAUGUAGAGUGUCCAGUGCUGCGGUAUAUGGUUGAGUAUAAAGAGGCAGGACUGGAGGGCUGGUCAUCAGUACUAACACAAGGACCUCAGUGUGAAUGUACUUUAACUGUUCCUCACAGCACCUGCUAUAGAGUCAGAGUCUCUGCUGUCUAUGAGGACGUCACCAGCAAACCUAGUGAAGAAACACCAAUACCAGUGGAUGUCUGGUCCAUUGACCUCUCAGAGAGAAAGAGCUCCAUCCUCCUAGAAGUGCUGAAACUACAAAGUUUGAAGAAACCAGUAGAGCUGAUAGACUGGACAGAUGAAGAGAGUGAAGUGAGGGGAUUCCUCCAGUGUCUGCCCUACAUCUCACAACUCAGAUUUACUCAACCAGAGAAGAAAUCCUGUGAAGAAUGGGAGAAACAAAAGCAGUCUUUUUUUUUGAAUCUGUGUCUGCAAGCUGCUCUCACAGAUACACUAGGCACCACAGAGACAACUGUAGAAGCACUGCUGUCUGAUGAGGAAUACGGGAGAUGCGAUUUCCUGCUGGAUCUCUGUUCACAUGUGAAGGACUAUGAGACUCAAACAGGCAGGAGUGUCCUUCCAGCAUUACAGCCAAUUUAUCAGUCAGCUCCUGCAGUCUGGAUCAUAAAGCUCUCAGAGAGAAAGAGCUCCAUCCUCCUAGAAGUGCUGAAACUCCAAACAGAGAAGAAACCAGUAGAGCUGAUAGACUGGACAGAUGAAGAGAGUGAAGUGAGGGGAUUCCUCCAGUGUCUGCCCUACAUCUCACAGCUGAGAUUUGAACACAAUGUGUUUAAUGGACAGAGGAAAAUGGAAGCUGUCCUGUAUCUGAGGAAUCUGAUUGUUGCAGCUUCAGAGCUUAAAACAACUUCUGGAGAAUCUUUCGCUGAGCUAUUUACAUCCAUUUGCAACUACACAUCCUUCCCUUGUAAUGGGGAGAAUUGUGAUGAUUCUAUGUAUCAGAUUCAUCAGUGUGAUUUCCUGCUGGAUCUUUACUCACACGUGAAGGACUAUGAGACUCAAACAGGCAGGAGUGUCCUUCCAGCAUUACAACCAAUUUAUCAGUCAGUUCCUGCAGUCUGGAUAAUAAAGCUCUCAGAGAGAAAGAGCUCCAUCCUCCUAGAAGUGCUGAAACUCCAAACAGAGAAGAAACCAGUAGAGCUGAUAGACUGGACAGAUGAAGAGAGUGAAGUGAGGGGAUUUCUCCAGUGUCUGCCCUACAUCUCACAGCUGAGAGUUUCUCUACCACAGAAGUGUGAAGAAUCCUUUAAAGAUUGGGAGAAAAGGAAGAGGUUAUCGCUACUAAAUCUGUGUUUGCAAGCAGCUCUCUUCCAAGAUGAAACCCUAGAGAGUAAUAUAGAGAUACUGCUAUCAUCUGUUCUUUAUGAGAAAUGUGAUUUCCUGUUGGAUCUGUACUCACAUGUGAAGUGCUAUGAGACUCAAACAGGCAGAAGUGUCCUUUCAGCAUUACAGCCAAUUUAUCAGUCAGCUCCUGCAGUCUGGUGUGUAUAUCUCUCAGAAAGAAAGAGCUCCAUCCUCCUAGAAGUGCUGAAACUCCAAACAGAGAAGAAACCAGUAGAGCUGAGAGACUGGACAGAUGAAGAGAGUGAAGUGAUGGGAUUCCUCCAGUGUCUGCCCUACAUCUCACAACUGAGCUUUUAUAAAGAUGUUAUAUAUUUUGAAAAGGAGAAGAAAUCAGCCUUUCAGUUUUUGCUGAAUUUGAGUGUUGCAGCAUCACAAUCUGCUGGGAAGGAAUUCACCAAACUGUUAACAUCUGUGUGCAGCUACACAUCUUUCCCCUGUAUUGAAAAUCUGAAUUAUCAUAUUGGCCAAUGUGAUUUCCUGCUGGAUCUCUGUUCACAUGUGAAGGACUAUGAGACUCAAACAGGCAGGAGUGUCCUUCCAGCAUUACAGUCAAUUUAUCAUUCAGCUCCUGCAUUCUGGAUCAUAAACCUCUCAGAGAGAAAGAGCUCCAUCCUCCUAGAAGUGCUGAAACUCCAAACAGAGAAGAAACCAGUAGAGCUGAUAGACUGGACAGAUGAAGAGAGUGAAGUGAGGGGAUUCCUCCAGUGUCUGCCCUACAUCUCAAAACUGAGAUUUAGUCCACCAGAGAAGGAAAAUUUUGAAGACUGGGAGAAUAGAAAGAGACUGUUUGUACUGAAUCACUGCAUGCAAGCUGCUCUUUACCUAAAGGAAACCACAGGGAAAACAAUGGAGGCACUACUCUCAUAUGUGAAUUAUGAGAAGUCUGAUUUCUUGCUGGACAUUUACUCAGUUAUGAUUGUAUAUGAGACUCAAACAGGCAGGAGUGUCCUUCCAGCGUUACAGCAAAUUUAUCAGUCAGCUCCUGCAGUCUGGUACAUAGACAUUUCAGAAGGAAAGAGCUCCAUCCUCCUAGAAGUGCUGAAACUCCAAACAAAGAAGAAACCAGUAGAGCUGAAACGCUGGUCAGAUGAAGAGGAUGAUAUAAAGGGAUUCCUUCAGUGUCUGCCCUACAUCUCACAGCUGAGGUUUUAUAAAGAUGUUUUAGAAGAAGGUGAAAGGAAAAGGUCUGCUCUGCUCUUUCUGCAGAAUUUGUGUGUUUGGGCAUCAGAGUAUGUUUCAGCUACUGGAGAGAAUUACAGUGAACUGUUAACAUCAGUGUGCAGCUACACAAAUUUCCCCUGUGGAAAAAACUAUGCUGACUAUCACUCUGUUAAUGCAAAUCAGACAGAUCAAUCUGGUUUCCUGCUGGAUUUGUACUCACAUUUGAAGGACUAUGUGACUCAAACAGGCAGGAGUGUCCAUCUAGCAUUACAGCCAAUUUAUCAGUCAGCUCCUGCAGUCUGGAUCAUAAAUCUCUCCGAGAGAAAGAGCUCCAUCCUCCUAGAAGUGCUGAAACUCCAAACAGAGAAGAAACCAGUAGAGCUGAUAGACUGGACAGAUGAGGAGUGUGAAGUGAGAGGAUUCCUCCAGUGUUUACCCUACAUCUCACAGCUGAGAUUUCUUGAACCACAAAAUAAAACAGCUGAAUCAUGGGAGAAAAGAAAGAGAUUAUUUAUACUGGAUUUGUGUCUGCAAGCUGCUCUCCACCAGAAAGAGACAAUAGAAGAAACUGUGAAGAAACUGCUGUUUUCUGUGAAUUAUGAGAGAUGUGAUUUCCUGCUGGAUCUGUGUUCACAUGUGAAGGACUAUGAGACUCAAACAGGCAGGAGUGUCCUUCCAGCAUUACAGACAAUUUAUCAGUCAGAUCCUGCAGUCUGGAUCAUAAAGCUCUCAGAGAGAAAGAGCUCCAUCCUCCUAGAAGUGUUGAAACUCCAAACAGAGAAGAAACCAGUAGAGCUGAGAGACUGGACAGAUGAAGAGAGUGAAUUGAUAGGAUUCCUCCAGUGUCUGCCCUACAUCUCACAGCUCAGAAUUCAUAAACAUAAUUUGGAGAUGGAGAAAUCUGUCCAGUUUCUGCUGAAUCUGACUGUUGCAGCUUCAAAGUGUGUUACAACUACAGGAGAGAAUUUCAUUGAGCUGUUAGCAUCUGUGUGCAGCUACAGAUCAUUUGUCUGUUAUGACGAUGAUUGGCUUUAUAAUGAUCUUCAAGAUGAACACUGUGAUUUCCUGCUGGAUCUGUGUUCACGGGUGAAGGACUAUGAGACUCAAACAGGCAGGAGUGUCCUUCCAGCAUUACAGCCAAUUUAUCAGUCAGCUCCUGCAGUCUGGAUCAUAGAUCUCUCAGAGAGAAAGAGCUCCAUCCUCCUAGAAGUGCUGAAACUCCAAACAGAGAAGAAACCAGUAGAGCUGAGAGACUGGACAGAUGAAGAGAGUGAAGUGAGGGGAUUCCUCCAGUGUCUGCCCUACAUCUCACAGCUCAGAUUUAUUGAACCACAGAAUGGAUCAUCUAAAUCAUGGGAGAAAAGAAAGAGAUUAUUCAUACUGGAUUUGUGUCUGCAAGCUGCUCUCCACCAGAGAGAGACAAUAAAAGAAACUGUGAAGAUACUGCUAUUAUCUGUGAAUUAUGAGAGAUGUGAUUUCCUGCUGGAUCUGUGGUCACAUGUGAAGGACUAUGAGACUCAAACAGGCAGGAGUGUCCUUCCAGCAUUACAGCCAAUUUAUCAGUCAGCUCCUGCAGUCUGGAGAAUAAAGCUCUCAGAGAGAAAGAGCUCCAUCCUCCUAGAAGUGCUGAAACUCCAAACAGAGAAGAAACCAGUAGAGCUGAUAGACUGGACAGAUGAAGAGAGUGAAGUGAGGGGAUUCCUCCAGUGUCUGCCCUACAUCUCACAGCUCAGAUUUGAUGGUGUUUUCUAUAGGAAUAGAGAAACUGUUGUAAAGUUUCUGCGGAAUCUGUUUGUUUCAGCAUCAGAAUUUCACACAAGUACAGGAGAAAAUUACACUGAACUAUUAACAUCUGUGUGCAGCUACACAUCUUUCCCCUACAAAGAUUUUUUUUUUAUCUAUCGCACUGAGCAAUCUAAUUUCUUGCUCGAUCUGUGGUCACAUGUGAAGGACUAUGAGACUCAAACAGGCAGGAGUGUCCUUCCAGCAUUACAGCCAAUUUAUCAGUCAGCUCCUGCAGUCUGGAUCAUAGAUCUCUCAGAGAGAAAGAGCUCCAUCCUCCUAGAAGUGCUGAAACUCCAAACAGAGAAGAAACCAGUAGAGCUGAGAGACUGGACAGAUGAAGAGAGUGAAGUGAGGGGAUUCCUCCAGUGUCUGGCCUACAUCUCACAGCUCAGGUUUGAUGACAUUUUCUACAGGAAGAAGGAACCUGCUGUAAAGUUUCUGCUGAAUCUCUUUGUUUCAGCAUCAGAGUGUGAUGCAAAUAAAGGAAAUAAAGAAAAUUACACUGAUAUGUUAAUAGAUGUGUGCAGCUACAAAUCUUUCCCCUGCAGUGACAACUGCACUAACCGUCACCCUGAUCAGUGUGAUUUCCUGCUGGAUCUGUGGUCACAUGUGAAGGACUAUGAGACUCAAACAGGCAGGACUGUCCUUCCAGCAUUACAGCCAAUUUAUCAGUUGUCAGCUCCUGUAGUCUGGAGAAUAAAGCUCUCAGAGAGAAAGAGCUCAAUCCUCCUAGAAGUGCUGAAACUCCAAACAGAGAAGAAACCAGUAGAGCUGAGAGACUGGACAGAUGAAGAGAGUGAAGUGAGGGGAUUCCUCCAGUGUCUGCCCUACAUCUCACAGCUCAGAUUUCUUGAACCACAAAAUAAAACAGCUGAAUCAUGGGAGAAAAGAAAGAGAUUAUUUAUACUGGAUUUGUGUCUGCAAGCUGCUCUCCACCAGAAAGAGAGAAUAAAAGAAACUGUGAAGAAACUGCUGUUAUCUGUGGAUUAUGAGAGAUGUGAUUUCCUGCUGGAUCUGUGUUCACAUGUGAAGGACUAUGAAACUCAAACAGGCAGGAGUGUCCUUCCAGCAUUACAGACAAUUUAUCAGUCAGCUCCUGCAGUCUGGAUCAUAAACCUCUCAGAGAGAAAGAGCUCCAUCCUCCUAGAAGUGCUGAAACUCCAAACAGAGAAGAAACCAGUAGAGCUGAGAGACUGGACAGAUGAAGAGAGUGAAGUGAGGGGAAUCCUCCAGUGUCUGCCCUACAUCUCACAGCUCAGAUUUGCUGUGCCACAGAAUAAAACAGCUGAAUCAUGGGAGAAAAGAAAGAGAUUAUUUAUACUGGAUUUGUGUCUGCAAGCUGCUCUCCACCAGAAAGAGAGAAUAGAAGAAAUUGUGAAGAAACUGCUGUCAUCUGUGAAUUAUGAGAGAUGUGAUUUCCUGCUGGAUCUGUUUUCACGUGUGAAGGACUAUGAGACUCAAACAGGCAGGAGUGUCCUUCCAGCAUUACAGUCAAUUUAUCAGUCAGCUCCUGCAGUCUGGAUCAUAAACCUCUCAGAGAGAAAGAGCUCCAUCCUCCUAGAAGUGCUGAAACUCCAAACAGAGAAGAAACCAGUAGAGCUGAAAGAAUGGACAGAUGAAGAGAGUGAAGUGAGGGGAUUCCUCCAGUGUCUGCCCUACAUCUCACAGCUCAGAUUUGUUGAACCACAGUAUAAAACAGCUGAAUCAUGGGAGAAAAGAAAGAGAUUAUUUAUACUGGAUUUGUGUCUACAAGCUGCUCUCCACCAGAAAGAGACAAUAGAAGAAACUGUGAAGAAACUGCUGUCAUCUGUGCUUUAUGUGAAAUCUGAUUUCCUGCUGGAUCUGUGUUCACGUGUGAAGGACUAUGAGACUCAAACAGGCAGGAGUGUCCUUCCAGCAUUACUGCCAAUUUAUCAGUCAAUAUCUACAAUCUGGAGCAUAAAAAUCUCACUAAGAAAGAGCUCCAUCCUCCUAGAAGUGCUGAAACUCCAAACAGAGAAGAAACCAGUAGAGCUGAUAGACUGGACAGAUGAAGAGAGUGAAGUGAGGGGAUUCCUCCAGUGUCUGCCCUACAUCUCACAGCUCAGAUUUGAUGGUGUUUUCUAUAGGAAUAGAGAAACUGUUGUAAAGUUUCUGCGGAAUCUGUUUGUUUCAGCAUCAGAAUUUCACACAAGUACAGGAGAAAAUUACACUGAACUAUUAACAUCUGUGUGCAGCUACACAUCUUUCCCCUACAAAGAUUUUUUUUUUAUCUAUCGCACUGAGCAAUCUAAUUUCUUGCUCGAUCUGUGGUCACAUGUGAAGGACUAUGAGACUCAAACAGGCAGGAGUGUCCUUCCAGCAUUACAGCCAAUUUAUCAGUCAGCUCCUGCAGUCUGGAUCAUAGAUCUCUCAGAGAGAAAGAGCUCCAUCCUCCUAGAAGUGCUGAAACUCCAAACAGAGAAGAAACCAGUAGAGCUGAGAGACUGGACAGAUGAAGAGAGUGAAGUGAGGGGAUUCCUCCAGUGUCUGGCCUACAUCUCACAGCUCAGGUUUGAUGACAUUUUCUACAGGAAGAAGGAACCUGCUGUAAAGUUUCUGCUGAAUCUCUUUGUUUCAGCAUCAGAGUGUGAUGCAAAGAAAGGAAAUAAAGAAAAUUACACUGAUAUGUUAAUAGAUGUGUGCAGCUACAAAUCUUUCCCCUGCAGUGACAACUGCACUAACCGUCACCCUGAUCAGUGUGAUUUCCUGCUGGAUCUGUGUUCACAUGUGAAGGACUAUGAGACUCAAACAGGCAGGACUGUCCUUCCAGAAUUACAGACAAUUUAUCAGUUGUCAGCUCCUGCAGUCUGGAGAAUAAAGCUCUCAGAGAGAAAGAGCUCAAUCCUCCUAGAAGUGCUGAAACUCCAAACAGAGAAGAAACCAGUAGAGCUGAGAGACUGGACAGAUGAAGAGAGUGAAGUGAGGGGAUUCCUCCAGUGUCUGCCCUACAUCUCACAGCUCAGGUUUGAUGACAUUUUCUACAGGAAGAAGGAACCUGCUGUAAAGUUUCUGCUGAAUCUCUUUGUUUCAGCAUCAGAGUGUGAUGCAAAUAAAGGAAAUAAAGAAAAUUACACUGAUAUGUUAAUAGAUGUGUGCAGCUACAAAUCUUUCCCCUGCAGUGACAACUGCACUAACCGUCACCCUGAUCAGUGUGAUUUCCUGCUGGAUCUGUGGUCACAUGUGAAGGACUAUGAGACUCAAACAGGCAGGACUGUCCUUCCAGCAUUACAGCCAAUUUAUCAGUUGUCAGCUCCUGCAGUCUGGAUCAUAAACCUCUCAGAGAGAAAGAGCUCCAUCCUCCUAGAAGUGCUGAAACUCCAAACAGAGAAGAAACCAGUAGAGCUGAUAGACUGGACAGAUGAAGAGAGUGAAGUGAGGGGAUUCCUCCAGUGUCUGCCCUACAUCUCACAGCUCAGAUUUCUUGAACCACAAAAUAAAACAGCUGAAUCAUGGGAGAAAAGAAAGAGAUUAUUUAUACUGGAUUUGUGUCUGCAAGCUGCUCUCCACCAGAAAGAGAGAAUAAAAGAAACUGUGAAGAAACUGCUGUUAUCUGUGGAUUAUGAGAGAUGUGAUUUCCUGCUGGAUCUGUGUUCACAUGUGAAGGACUAUGAAACUCAAACAGGCAGGAGUGUCCUUCCAGCAUUACAGACAAUUUAUCAGUCAGCUCCUGCAGUCUGGAUCAUAAACCUCUCAGAGAGAAAGAGCUCCAUCCUCCUAGAAGUGCUGAAACUCCAAACAGAGAAGAAACCAGUAGAGCUGAGAGACUGGACAGAUGAAGAGAGUGAAGUGAGGGGAAUCCUCCAGUGUCUGCCCUACAUCUCACAGCUCAGAUUUUGUGACAUUUUCUUCAUGGAGAGAGAAGCUGCUGUAAAGUUUCUGCUGAAUCUGUUUGUUUCAGCAUCAGAGUUUGAUGCAAAUACAGAAAAAAAUUACACUGAACUAUUAACAUCUGUGUGCAGCUACACAUCUUUCCCCUUUGAUGAGGAUUAUGAUGAUGAUGAGUAUCAGAUUCAUCAGUGUGAUCUUCUGCUGGAUCUGUGGUCACAUGUGAAGGACUAUGAGACUCAAACAGGCAGGAGUGUCCUUCCAGCAUUACAGACAAUUUAUCAGUCAGCUCCUGCAGUCUGGAUCAUAGAUCUCUCAGAGAGAAAGAGCUCCAUCCUCCUAGAAGUGCUGAAACUCCAAACAGAGAAGAAACCAGUAGAGCUGAGAGACUGGACAGAUGAAGAGAGUGAAGUGAGGGGAUUCCUCCAGUGUCUGCCCUACAUCUCACAGCUCAGAAUUCAUGAAAAUGAGUUUGAGUUUGAGAUGGAGAAAUCUGUCCAGUUUCUGCUGAAUCUGACUGUUGCAGCUUCAAAGUGUGUUACAACUACAGGAGAGAAUUUCAUUGAGCUGUUAGCAUCUGUGUGCAGCUACAGAUCAUUUGUCUGUUAUGACGAUGAUUGGCUUUAUAAUGAUUUUCAAGAUGAACACUGUGAUUUCCUGCUGGAUCUGUGUUCACGGGUGAAGGACUAUGAGACUCAAACAGGCAGGAGUGUCCUUCCAGCAUUACAGCCAAUUUAUCAGUCAGCUCCUGCAGUCUGGAUCAUAGAUCUCUCAGAGAGAAAGAGCUCCAUCCUCCUAGAAGUGCUGAAACUCCAAACAGAGAAGAAACCAGUAGAGCUGAGAGACUGGACAGAUGAAGAGAGUGAAGUGAGGGGAUUCCUCCAGUGUCUGCCCUACAUCUCACAGCUCAGAAUUCAUGAAAAUGAGUUUGAGUUUGAGAUGGAGAAAUCUGUCCAGUUUCUGCUGAAUCUGACUGUUGCAGCUUCAAAGUGUGUUACAACUACAGGAGAGAAUUUCAUUGAGCUGUUAGCAUCUGUGUGCAGCUACAGAUCAUUUGUCUGUUAUGACGAUGAUUGGCUUUAUAAUGAGCAUCAGGAUGAACACUGUGAUUUCCUGCUGGAUCUGUGUUCACGGGUGAAGGACUAUGAGACUCAAACAGGCAGGAGUGUCCUUCCAGCAUUACAGCCAAUUUAUCAGUCAUCUCCUGCAGUCUGGAUCAUAGAUCUCUCAGAGAGAAAGAGCUCCAUCCUCCUAGAAGUGCUGAAACUCCAAACAGAGAAGAAACCAGUAGAUCUGAGAGACUGGACAGAUGAAGAGAGUGAAGUGAGGGGAUUCCUCCAGUGUCUGCCCUACAUCUCACAGCUCAGAUUUUGUGACAUUUUCUACAUGGAGAGAGAAGCUGCUGUAAAGUUUCUGCGGAAUCUGUUUGUUUCAGCAUCAGAGUUUGAUGCAAAUACAGAAGAAAAUUACACUGAAUUAUUAACAUCUGUGUGCAGCUACACAUCUUUCCCCUGUGAGGAGAAUUAUUAUGGUACUGAGUGUCAGUGUGAUUUCUUGCUGGAUCUGUACUCACAUGUGAAGGACUAUGAGACUCAAACAGGCAGGAGUGUCCUUCCAGCAUUACAGCCAAUUUAUCAGUCAGCUCCUGCAGUCUGGAGAAUAAAGCUCUCAGAGAGAAAGAGUUCUAUCCUCCUAGAAGUGCUGAAACUCCAAACAGAGAAGAAACCAGUAGAGCUGAGAGACUGGACAGAUGAAGAGAGUGAAGUGAGGGGAUUCCUCCAGUGUCUGCCCUACAUCUCACAGCUCAGGAAUGCUGAGCGGUUCAUCCCUUCACUAUGUAAAGUGUUUGGACCCAGAGUGAAGGUAGAUCAGGUGAAUCUUCUGCUCCAGGCUUUAGACUUCACCAUCACUCUAAGUGGAAGAUUACCCAGCAGCACCUGCAGAUCUGUGGGGAGAGUUCUGGGCCGUUCACCCUCAAAACUAAACCUGACUCUAAACACAAGCGUCAUCUCUCUCAGAGGACUCAAACUGCUCUUCAAACACAUCACACACCUGCAGAAAUUGAGUGUGGAAGACAAACUGUUAGUGAAGAUGUUCAGAGCGCUGAGGUCAUUGAAAGGUCCUUUUCCACUGACUACAGAGGUGUUUUCACUGCUCACAAAAGUCUCAAAUCAAAAUCUCUCUCAUAACCUGAGCAGCUUGACGUCUCUCCUGAGACUGUUGUCUGUUCAGUGUUUGGAUCUCACUGAGUGUAAAUCAGAGGCUCUGUCUCUCACGGCUCUGUUGGGUCUCCAGGAACCUCUGACUAUCAGGUUCUCUAAAGAGACUCUUCAGCAGCUGGUUUCACUGGUGUAUGAAGCACAGGAUGAUGAACUAACACGCUCUUUCCUGAAGAAGGUGUCUAAAGAUCUGACUUCCUGCUCACUGACCUGGGAAGUGAUUCAUUACCUGCUGCAACAUCAAGCUCUGAAUCUGAAGUUGGACUUUAGAAAGAGCAAAAUCACUUGUGAAAACAUCAGAGAACUUCUGCUGGUGUUUGACAGAAUCCAGUUAAAAAGGUUGAGCCCCAGCUUUACUCUGUCCAUCAUUAUGGAGAUUUAUGAGACUCGUUUUCCUCAGUAUGUGUCCAGUCUGAUGAGUUCAGCAGGAAAUGACAUCAACCUGAACGGCAGAGUGUUGGACUCUGUUCACUGCGCUGCCCUGCGCUUCACUCUAGAGCACUGCAACACUGUCAAACUCAGUCUGCUCUGGACCUCCAUACCAGAGGAGGAGCUGGAGAGCUUUCUGCCUUUGCUCAGCAGAGUCACACAACUCAGUGUUGACAGGCUGCUGCUGCUGAAGCUGAUUCAUUGCUGCAGUUCCUCUGAUCUCCAGCAGGAGGCAGCAGCUGCUCUGCUCUCUGCUCUUCACAACAGACUGGACUUCUCCUGCUGCUCUGCUCUGGAUUUAACAGACACACAGAAAAAUCAAGAACAUUUGAAACUUACAAAUAAAGACUGUAGAAUAAUCUCAUCUGUGCUUCAGAAAACCCAGAGUGUUGUGAAGCUGAUUUUACAGGACUGUGAGAUCUCUGAUACGGCCCUGAAACAACUUUGGCCAAUCCUGCCUCAAGUCCAGCUGAGCUGUAGUAAAGCUCUGCUGCUGCAGUUUCUGGCUUGUAUUAGUAAAGGUGGAUCUCAGAGAGGCUCUUUGAGGAGGACUGAGGCUCUUUCACAGGCUUUGGGAGGAGAGAUGGACCUCAGUCACACUCAGAUGGACCAGAGCGCUUGUGAACAGCUGGCGCUGUUUCUGGAAUAUUCUGAAGGGCUGAAAGAACUGGAUCUCAGUCACUGUAAACUCACUGACGACUGCAUGAAGCCACUGCUGCCGCAUCUGCACAAAACUCAGACUUUGGACCUGAGUCACAAUAAUGUCACAGAUGAAUCAGCAGAGAGAAUCCACAGUGUCGUCUCCACUCACAGCAAUAUUCAGACUGUACGACUGUUUGGAAACAAAGUCAGAGACAGAAAGAAGUUCAUCGGAGACAAGCGAUUUGAAAUAUGGUGAUUUGUAAUAAGAUCCUGGACUGUAACCUUAUGAUUCAUCAUUAAGAAGUUGUAAAUGGCUUAAUUCAUGAUAAAAAAACUGACAAUCACUUUGCAAAGCAAAGCAUUUUUAUGAUUAUUUUUAAAGGAGUUUCUUCGUGUAUUUAAUGUAAUCUGGUUCAUCUGAAGCAGAAUGAUUUUGUUGAAAUGUUUCAAAUAUUGCAACAUUGUGGUAAUGUAUAUAUUACCUUAAUAUACAUAUUAGGCUACAAAGAUUUUUUUUUUACUUUAUUUUUUUAUGUAGUACUGGGUAUUUAUCUGUCUGAACUGGUGAGUCGCUCUCUGCUCACAUCAAGUUCAAGAGACUGAGGUCUCGUCUCUGUGCUCUAGCCUGUAUUUUCUCUUUUGUCUUCCACAUGUAUUCUUAUACAAGAGUCUGCUAUAUGAAUAAAUGUAAAUGUGAUGUAAAUGAACUCCAAUCUCCAAUCCAGUCUGUUUUAAUACACUUAUUUGAGCUGUACGGAAGUUGUGAGUUUGCAGUAAAAUGUAUAGUUAGACCCAAUCUGAGCAAAAAUGUUGUACUUAAUUGUACAUUUGUUUUAUCAUAUCUUUAUCUUGAUAUCUCUACAUGUAUAUUUGUUCAUUAUUAUUCAAUGUUCAUUUACUUAAUACUUUUAACCUUGUUACUCUUUAAUCUAAUCUUGUGUUGUCUUCAUAAAUAAAGAUAAGACGAGGUCUCCAUUUUAAGGUUUUCAUUACAUGUUGUUAAUUAGUAAUUUUCCGUUGACCUUGUUUUGUUGAAUUAGUGCUGGUCAGAGUAAGUUACACUGAGCACUGGGAAAGACACAACUAAAAGAUUGUUCAGUAAACUCUGCUGAUGUUGUACUAAUACUUUGGUCCUGUGUUCUUAUGUAUUCCUGUCCUUGGCCUGAUAGAAAAGUUAAAAGGACAAGAUUGACUGUCAGAACACUGAACACUGGAACCAACCUGCUUAUCUGCUUAGUCGCCUCAAUACUUAAAAGUAAAAAAAUAAUAAUAAUAAUAAUAUGUUGUAGAUGUAUUUAUUAAGAUGAUUACAUGAACACAAGCAGUAGAAUUUGUCUAUGUGCGGGAAAAUGGUUAAGCUUAACUUCCCUUAACUUUUCCCAUUCAUUCUCUAAGAUAGCGCUUAACUAGCAGGUAAGAUUAACCCUUAUGCACUGUUCGAUUUCUGGCGACUGCCUGUAUGGUCCAGGUCAAAUUGACCCUAACUGGAUUCAAUACAAUUCCCCAAAAAUCACACUAAAAAAAACCCCAUACAAUCAUGUACAAAUUAUGAACUUUUAUCAAUCCUUUUCACACAUUACAAAUAAUGAAUAAAUGAAUUUAUGAUUUAUAAAAA